AUGACGCCUGCCAAUAGUUUAAUUGCCACUCGCGGGAGGAAGCCCCUCUUCUCUUUUGGUGUGAUAUCUGACGUCCAAUAUGCCGACAUCCCAGAUGGGCGCUCUUUCCUCGGCGUUCCUCGAUACUACCGACACAGCAUCCUGGUUCUUCAGCGGGCCGUUAAGAAGUGGAAUGACCAGAAUAACCUCAAGUUCUCGGUCAACUUUGGCGACAUAGUCGAUGGGUUCUGCCCCAAGGAUCAGUCACUACAGGCAGUGCAGAGAGUUGUCAACGAGUUUGACCGAUUCAAUGGCCCUGUUUACCACAUGAUCGGGAACCACUGCCUCUACAACCUUCCUCGCCCCAGCUUGGUCAACCUGCUCAAGAUACCCACAGAGACUGAUCUCACCUACUACGACUUCUCCCCAUCUCCUGCAUUCAGGAUAAUCAUUCUCGACGCCUACGACAUCAGCACCCUGGGUUGGCCGCAGGAUCACCCCAACAGCCUAGCGGCCAGGAAGCUCCUGGAAGAGAAGAACCCCAAUUUGGACAAGAACAGCCCUCUGGGGUUGACCGGUCUGGAGAGGAGGUUCCUCAUGUUCAACGGGGCUUUAGGGAAGCAGCAGCUGACGUGGCUCGACAAUGUCCUCUGGGACUCCACCAAGAGGAAGCAGAAGGCCAUCAUAUGCUGCCACCUUCCUCUCCACCCGGGGGCUUCCUCUCCAGAGGCUCUUCUGUGGAACUAUGAUGAGGUGCUAGAGGUCGUCCACAGGUACACUUGUGUGAAGGCUUGCAUUGCUGGGCAUGAUCACAAGGGCGGGCACGCCGUUGACUCCUUGGGAGUCCACCACCGGGUCCUUGAGGCGGCCUUGGAGUGCCCCCCGGGCACAGACGCAUAUGGGCAUGUUGAUGUCUAUGAUGAUAAGCUUUCCAUUUUAGGCACUGACCGGAUGGAGAGUAUGGAGAUGGUCUUCAGCUCUUGA